CCUCGUCUCUGAUCGAUCUCCCUCGAGUCCCCGCCCGCCCCGACGUCCUCUGGUGAGCCUUCCUGAAAGGCUCAGCUCUAUCUCCAACUCGGGCAGGCUGAUUUUCUAGACAAUAUGCUUUUGCGAACGUUGGGAAAGUUGAAUGUGAACCGCAAGAAGGAAGACAGUGUGAUUGCAGCGCACACACCGCGGCCAAAGGUCUUGCAAUGCAAAUGCCAUUAUUACUGUCCUGAAGACUCCAUCAACGAUACUUGCAGCACAGAUGGCUACUGUUUCACUAUGGUAGAAGAAGAUGACUCUGGGAUGCCUGUGGUCACUUUGGGAUGUCUAGCAUUAGAGGGCUCAGACUUUCAGUGCCGGGGCGUUUUUAUUCGUCACCAAAGGGGGUCAAUCAAAUGUUGCAAAGAAAGGAAUGAAUGCAAUAAAGACCUUCAUCCUACACUGCCUCCUUUGAAAAAUCAAGAAUUUGCUGAUGAAUCCAUACAGCAUAAGGCCAUACUGAUAUCUGUGACAGUCUGUAGCUUCCUUCUGAUCCUUCUGAUUCUGUUCUGGUUUUUCAGGUAUACGAGACGAAAAGCAAGACAUCAUCACAGCAUCAGACUGCACCAGGAUGAGAUUUACAUUCCUCCAGAGGAACGCUUGAAAGAUUUCAUUGAACAGUCUCAGAACUCAGGAAGUAGAUUAGGGCUUUCUCCACUGGUCCAAAGGACUAUAGCUAGGCAGGUUGAGAUGGUCCAACAGAUUGGAAAAGGUCGCUAUGGGGAAGUUUGGAUGGCAAAGUGGCGUGGUGAAAAGGUAGCUGUGAAACUGUUCUCCUCCACUGAGGAAGCCAGCUGGUCCAGAGAGAAAGAAAUAUAUCUGACGGUCUUGGUGAGGCAUGAAAAUAUUUUGGGAUUUAUUGCUGGAGACAUCAAAGGCACAGGGUCCUUGACCCAACUCUGCCUAAUCACAGACUACCAUGAGAAUGGGUCCUUAUAUGAUUAUCUGCAGUCUACUACCCUAGAUACCAAAGCAAUGUUAAAGUUGGCCUACUCUUCAGUCAGUGGCCUGUGCCACUUACAUACAGAGAUCUUAAGCACUGAAACAAAACCGGCAAUUGCACAUCGUGAUCUGAAAAGUAAGAACAUCCUGGUGAAGGAAAAUGGAGCAUGCUGUAUCGCUGAUCUGGGAUUGGCCGUUAAGUUUGUCAGCGUCACCAGUAAAAUAGAUGUCCCGGCCAACACUCGAGUGGGCACCAAGCUCAUGGCGCCCGAGGUGCUGGAUGAGACUUUGGAUCACAACCACUUCUAUUCCUACAUCGCAGCAGAUAUGUACAGUUUUGGCCUCAUUCUGUGGGAAAUUGCCCGGAGAUGUGUGUCAGGUG